UUAAUUGUGGAAGUGCAGGUUAUGUGUGAGUGUGAUUUGUGAUUAAAUAACUGAGAAAAACAUCUGUAAUUACUCUCUUAAUAAUUUAAUUAGCAAUGACAAUGAUAAGCAGUGACCCAAAUUAAAAAAUUGAAAAAAAAUUCAAAUUAAUUUUUCAAAAAAAUUUUAAUAAUUAAAAAUGAAAUAAAAAUUCGGGUGAUUUAACCUCGAAAUUUAAAUAAAAAUAAUAAUUAGAAGUUUUCGCUUUUUUAAUAAUAAUUAGUUUUUGAAAAUCAAUUAAAAAUGAAUCGAAUUAACAAAAUAAUUAAUUUUAAUAACUCCAAAAAUUUUAUAUAUAAAAUCAAAUUAUUCCAUAAUAAUAAUAAUAAAUUAUCUACUGAUGUAACUUCUACUUUAUCUACUGAUAGUUCGAAUUUAAAUUCUAACGCGGGAAAUUUAAAUUUGGAUUCAAAGGCGGGAAAUUUAAAUUUAAAAUUAAAAGCGGGAGAUUCAAAUGAUUUAAAUUUGGAUGAUGGAAAUUUAAGUUUAAAAAUCGGAAGUUCAAAUUUACAAACCGGAAAUUCAAAUUCACAAACCGGAAAUUCAAAUUUUGAAUUUAAAAAUUUGAAUUCCAGUGAGCGGGAAAAUUUUAAUGAAUUAAAAAAUUUAAAUUCCAAUGAGUGGGAAAAUUUAAAUGAACUAAAAAAUUUAAAUUUAGAAACCGGAAGUUCAAAUAUACAAACCGGAAAUUCAAAUUCUAAAAUUGAAAAUUUAAAUCUAAAAUCGCAAGAAAAUUUAAAUUUAAAUAGCGCCAAAAAAACUUUAAAAAAACGUGACGUAUCAUCAGGACCAGAUCUAGCAGAUUUUAUACUUUCGAAUAUAAAAAUAAAAACAAAACCUAUAAAAAUAGAUGACCAUCCAUAUUUGAAACCCAUAAAAGUUCGCGCGCAAAAAGUAUACUUUGACGUCUACGGCUGUCAGAUGAACGUCAGCGACACCGAGAUAAUAUACUCUGUACUAAAAACAGCCGGUUACUGCCGUACGAUGGAAUUAGAGGAAGCGGAUGUAAUACUGGUAGUGACCUGCGCAAUAAGAGAGGGCGCUGAGCAAAAGAUUUGGGGCCGGUUGGCGUCGCUCAAUGACUUGAGACGUCGGCGCCAAGUUAUGGGCGCCCAGGUCCCAGUGAGAAUCGGACUCUUGGGCUGCAUGGCGGAGAGAUUGAAAACUAAAAUACUAGAAGAGAGCAAAUAUGUCGAUCUGGUCGCCGGGCCCGAUGCAUAUCGAGACCUACCGCGUCUUCUAUCGAUUACGGAAUCGAACCAGACUGCGAUUAAUGUCACGUUGAGCUUCGAUGAAACUUACGCGGACAUUAAUCCCGUGAGGCUCAACGAGGACUCGAAGUCUGCUUUCGUGACGAUAAUGCGUGGGUGCGAUAAUAUGUGCACGUAUUGUAUCGUUCCUUUCGUAAGAGGAAGGGAGAGAUCGAGACCAAUUAAGAGUAUUUUGGACGAGGUACGACAUCUCGCGGACAAAGGGAUCAGAGAAGUCACGCUACUGGGCCAGAAUGUUAACAGCUAUCGCGAUUUGUCUGAGGUCUCUGUCGCGAUGGGAGAAAAUGUCAAAAAAGAGACUGAAAUGGCCAAGGGAUUCAAAACCGUUUAUAAGACGAAGCUUGGGGGUAAAAGAUUCGCGGAUUUGCUGGAAAAAGUCGCUGAUAUUGAUCCUGAGAUGAGGAUUAGGUUCACAUCACCACACCCAAAAGAUUUUCCAGAUGAAGUACUGGAAUUAAUAUCAUCGAAGCCUAAUAUUUGCAAGCAAAUUCACUUGCCUGCGCAGUCUGGAAAUUCGGACGUAUUGGAACGCAUGAGACGCGGCUACACCCGCGAAUCAUAUUUGGAACUUGUUCAACACAUUCGUGAUAUUAUUCCGGAUAUUAAACUAUCUAGUGACUUCAUCGCGGGCUUCUGUGGGGAAACUGACAAAGAGUUUGAGGAUACUAUAACAUUAAUCGAUACAGUUCAAUAUCACAUGGCUUAUUUAUUCCAAUAUAGUAUGAGAGAGAAAACAACAGCUCACAGACGCUUUAAAGAUGACGUACCACCGGAAGUUAAGCUCGCGAGACUUCAACAGAUGGCCAGUUUAUUCCGUACUCAGGCUGAGAAAUUAAACAGCUUCCAAGUUGGAACGCGGCAGCUUGUUUUGAUCGAAGGACGAAGCCGGCGGUCGGAUUCAGUUCUCCAGGGUCGAACGGACGGCAACACACGUGUCCUGGUGCCUAAACACUCUAUUCCUGACAAAGCGGCGAAUUAUUCCCGAGAAAUAAAAUCGGGUGACUACAUUGCAGUCCAAAUCAGCGAAUCGAAUUCCAAUUCACUGACCGGCGUUCCUCUCUACCAUUCAUCUAUUGCAGAGUUCGAGAAUAGAAAUAAAAAUAGUGAUAGUAAAAGUGCCCAAUUUGAGCACACGGAUUACUUGUGAAAUGUAAAUAGCAAAAAAAUGUAAAUAAUUAAUAAAAAUUAUUCAAGUCUUA